CAAUUUAUACGCGAUAUUUAUCAUCAACAUGAUCUUCUCAUGAAGAUUUCUUGUCAAAAUUUUGAAAAAUCAUCAACAACAACGAAAUAAAAUGGACGAAAUAAAAAUUCCAUCGGAUAAUAAUUUUGAUCAAAAAACAGCCCGUUUACUUGUCGAAAAUUAUGCAACAUUAAUUGUUGAUCAAUUUCCUGAAGGAUCUGAAUUUGGUAUCGAUCUUUUUAUUAAUUAUACGGGGAAAAAUUUUCUUGGUUUAAAAAUGAUACCACCGGGUUUACAUUUCGUACAUUUUAGUUUGGUUAAUAAUCAAACCCGGUCGGUUGCACCAAGAAUUGGUUUCUUUCAUUAUUUUCAAUCGAAAGAAUUUUAUUCUGUUCGCUGGAAUUCACAACAAGAAGAUAUUGAUUUUAAUGUACAUUCAGAUGAACAACGAAAAAGAUUUCAUGAAAAUUUCAAUCAAGGUUACCUUGAUAAUCAACUUGGUGCAUAUCAAUUUGAUUCAUAUCAAACAUGGGUUACAUUAACUGAUUUUAUUACUGAAUCAUUAUUUUUGAAAAUGAAUCCUGAAUGUGGUAAAAUUUAUUCAGCUUCAAAUUUAGUUUAUAAAACUUUGAAUACCACUGCCACUACCACCGAUACUGCUAAUUCUGAAUCGAUUGAAUCAAAAAAUCAUCGUCAUUGUCCGGUUGAUCAUCAAGGUUUGCCGGAUAUGAUUAUAUCACCGGAAUGUGCCAUCAGAUUUCCAUCUGCACCAUUACCGAAACAUUUCCUUUAUCCGGAAGGAUCUAGACCAACGGAAAUUACCGAACAUUCAUUAGAUUCAUCAUAUACAUUGGAAUUUCUUAUCCGUGAAAAACAUCAAACAAAUCAAUUUGAUUUAUUUGGUGAAUUACAAUUUGCAUUCAUCGUAUUUCUUUUUGGUCAUCAAUAUGAAUCAUUUGAACAUUGGGAACAAUUAAUUCGUGUAAUAUGUUCAUGUCGAAAAGCAUUGAUUGAAAAAUUGGAAUUUUUUCUUACAUUCAUUCGAGUAUUAUAUUUUGAAUUGAAACAAAUUGAUCAACAAAUAUUUGCCGAUAUUGUUACUAAUGAAAAUCGUAUUUAUUAUUCAUUGCAAACAUUUUUCCUUAAUAUUCAUUCAAUGAAAAAUAUGAUACAACCGAAUCUUUUGGAAAGAGUGGAAAAUUUUCGAAAAUUUCUUUCCAAAACAUUGCGUUGGAAUUUUGGUAAACAAAACAACAAUCAAGAAGACCUGCAGGAUGAUGAUGAUGAAAAUAUUCCUGAAGAUGAAAAACCAGUCGUUGUUUUGAUGUAGGAGAAAAUUUUCCAAAAUGGAAGAAAAAAAUUGAAGAAAAUUGAAAAAACUGAAAACCAAACAAAAGAAAAGAAAACGAGAGAGAAACUGUUUCUGGAGAAACAA